AUUUCGGUCCAAAAAAGAAAAAAAAAUCCAGAUUGUAUAUAUUUUCUCGACUCAACAUUCCAGAUUGUAUUGAUGUUUAUAUUUAAUGAUGAUAUUUAUACAUCGGUUUUCAUAGAGUAUAUAAUUGCCUUUUAUAGCUAGUACAACAAAUUUUGUUUGUCCUAAAAUAUAUUAUGAAAUAGUCAAAACUUAGCACCCCAAAUACAAAUAGAGAAGAGGUCCUCUCCUCCUCCUCCUCCUACUAUCACCAGCGCGUGGAUCAACACCACCAUAACCGCCACCGACUUUCAAAAUCUCUUACAUUUACCACACAGACAAAAUAGGGAAGUUAAAUAAACGUUAAUAUGAAUAGCGUACGCGCCACGCUAAUAAACAAAUCAAUUUAACAUACCAGAACAGCGAUUGGGAAAUUUGGAUGAAUUGAUUUUGGUGAAUGAGUGAGCGAGUUGACUCAGAGCGAGAUGUACUCGCCAAUAACUCAGCAAGCAUGGAAUGCAGUUUUGAACUGGUUGGGAUUGUUGUUCCAAACAUUUUCUCAUAUUAUUGGAUCCUUCGCGCAUUAUCCUUUACUCUCUUUUUCUUCUCAUUCUUCCUUCGAUUCUCUACCAACUCUUGAUCAUGAUUCCGCUCUUCAAAUUACCUCCCAUGCAGAUCAUCGUCCACUUCAAAAACUCACGGUAGUGCUUGACUUGGAUGAAACACUUGUAUGUGCAUAUGAGACACCGGGUUUGCCAGAAACACUACGAACUCAAGCAACUCAAGCUGGUUUAAAUUGGUUUGAGCUCGAAUGCGUAUGUUCUGACAAGUUAGUAGAAGGAAAACCAAUAAUCAACUACGUUACAGUCUUUGAACGCCCCGGAUUGAAAGAAUUCUUAAGGCAACUUAGUGAAUUUGCUGACCUUGUUCUGUUUACUGCUGGUCUUGAAGGUUAUGCUAGACCCCUUGUUGACAGAAUAGACACAGAAAAUCGGUUUAGUCUACGACUUUAUCGUCCUUCAACAGUUAGCACCAAACACCGGGAACAUGUAAAAGAUCUUAGAUGCAUAUCAAAGGAUCUAUGUCGCAUUGUUCUUGUAGACAACAAUCCCUUCAGCUUCUUAUUGCAACCAGACAAUGGAAUUCCAUGCACCUCAUUUUCUGCUUGGAAACCACAUGACACACAGCUUCUUGAUGUUAUUCUUCCACUUCUGAAGAACCUCUCUGACCAGAAAGAUGUUAGACACGUGCUCAAUGAAAAGUACCACAUGCCAGAAUGGUUCAAACAGCAAGGGACUCCAGUUCCUAGUUGACAGCAAUGUAUAUUAUUGUUAUCAAUUUGUUCCCGGAGCGUCUAAAGGCUUCAAAUGCUGCUUCUUGAAUUUAAAUCAACUCCUCAUUUAUACAUGUAGAUCACUAGAAUUUUGAUUCUUGUUUAAGGUUUAUAUGUUCCGGAGUGGCCACAAGACGGCCCAAACUUUGUGUAGUUUGUUGCAGCUAGUGUUAUGAGAAACAUUGAUAUAUCUUGUUCGUAUCUUA